GUUUUUGGUAAGACGUGGGGAGGUCGAGUUAUUGUGGUAAGCACGCAAGAACGGAGAGGGGGCUUGAUGGGGUUGAGACGAAUGCUUAAAAGGGCUUCCAACGCCUUUUCGACAUGCAGUACGUGAAACGUUGCCGGUAGUGAGAACGCCACAAGCGUCCAGAUCGAACUUUCCAGUUUCUUCGGAUUACGAGGAGGGACGUUUUUAAUUAAUUUGAAAUCGAAAUUGCGGCCUGUUCGAAAAGAGUGACCAUUCGAAAGAACUUUUAGUGCUUCGCGAGCAAACAUAAUCGUCGUAUUUCGAUUUCUUCGACAAGUCAGACUUUGGUGCACAGUGAACGAUCUCUCACCGGAUAUAUUGAUAAAAUAAUCAAUUGAAGACGAAAAUGAAGAACGCCACGAUGAUCCACGCCUUAGCACCUGUACUCUUGAUCUUACUGUCCUGCACCUCGUUCUCCAUAAGCGCUUUAACAACCUUUGGAAAAACGAAUCCCCAAACACAGAAUCAGCCGCCGCCACCACCGACGCCGGUUGGAAACGCCCGUGAGUGCAAGGUAGAGUCGGACUGCAUCACCAUUCAAAACACUACGUGCUUGCAAGAUCGGCCUCGCGACUCAAAAACACGAUGUCUUUGCGGCGAUUACACAGCUCCCGUCAAUGGGAGAUGUAACAACAAAGGGAAAGCCGCUCAUGUACCGUGCAGCGACGAUGCGGAAUGUCACGAUGGUGCAGAAUGCGUCAACAAGAAUAGCGGAUCGAGUGGAAAGGAAUGUAUCUGCAAAGACGGUUUUUGGGAGGAGAAUUGGAAGUGCAAUAAUGCAGAAACGAUCUUCAGGUCAUCGACGAUCGCAAUUGUCGCGGCGGCGUUGUUAUUCGUAAAGGUGACCGGAUACUCAACAUAAACUUCGAAAAUUUGAGUGGCGUAAAAAUAUUUGAGAAAAUUCGUAAAAGAAAAACCUAAUCCUAGCGGAGCGAAAACUUGAACGAUUGAAGCUAGUCAUCUUUUAUUUCAGUCUCGUCGAUCAUGAACCAUCUUCAUUGUCAUGAUUUCGCCGGAAAAAUUCAGUUACUCGCAAUUAUCGUUUGUAUUAUUUCAAUAGUAAAAUUUAAGCGUCACCGUUAUCGUUUCAAAUUGUACUUACUCGUAAUUACCAUUCGUUAUAUUAAGAUGAAAUGGCAGCUCGAUACUAUUCCUGCAUCCAAGUUUUCUCGAAGACGAUCUACAUUGUUCGGAAAACUGAAUAAUUUUCAGAAGAAAUUGCAAGUUUGAAGAGAGCAGUUCAAAAGAUUUUGUAAACCUUUUUUGGAUUGAAAAGUCGAUAAUUUAUUCUUCAGAACUAAAAUUCCCGAUUUUCCCGAGUGCAGUAAUUACAAUAAACAUAAAAAAAAAAAUAAAAAAAUAAAAUACAGUAGCAUUUUUUGCUUCCAAACAAAAUUCCUUUUUUUCAGCUUUUGACAGAAAGGUAUCUCUUGCAAAAAGCAUAAAAUGAUUGAGAGAAAUCUUGGAAUGUCUAAAAACUAUGUCAUUUCACCUCAAAAGACGCUGGGGACCGCAAACAUAUCAAUCCAGUCAAAUUUUUAAUCAACCUUAACAUUUAAGCCAAAUCAAACAGCAAAUUUAAACCGAUAUAAAAAGAAUGAAAAAAAGUAACAAUAUUCAAUCAAAAAUAUCUCAAGCCAUCUGAAAAAAUCAUUUCUUCCCUUCGGGACAUUCGACUAAUUUCAUCGAAUUUUCUUGUUCAAUUUCGCGCAAUGAAAUUACCUGAAAAAUUGCUUUGUACAUUGGAUAUCUAUCUCAAUCGAAUUCUUCGUGUCUCCGGACUCCAGCAUUCUGAAUCGCGUUACUUGUAGAAACUAGAAGAUUUUUGGCUCCGAAUAAAAUUUUCAAAUGCGAAUCAGGCGGAACCAGUAGCUUUUUGAGCCACCGUUGCCUUAUACUAUCGCCCGAGUGCGCUAAUUUACUAUAUCUAUGAUAAAAGUCAUUUUUGAAAGUCCACAUGAAUAUUCACUGAUUACAGGCAGCGUCUGAUACAAAGUCAAUUUUAAUGCCACAUCAAGCAUAAGUGGUUUGACAAAAAAUGAGAAUCAGAAGUUCAUCAAGAUUAAGAUUUCAUUUUAUUCUGGUACACUAAAAAUUUCACAACUUAAUUUCACAUUAAUUUAGCUGCUGAAAAUGUUUAAUUCCUGUUAAAAUCAUUUAUUGAAUAUUAUCUCAAGUAAUUGGGAACAAAAAAAAUGAAGUCAUUCCAUUUUUCACAGUUUAUGAAGGAUUUCUCCUUGAUUUGAUCGAACGUGUUUCGGAAAUCCGAUGGUACUCCUGAUUUCAUUAGAUAAAAAAAUCAUUUGCAUUUUUUUCUUUCAUAUCAAAUUUUAUUCUAAAAAAUUCAUCCACUCCAAUCGAAACUAUCGUGGAGUUCAAUCGCUCUUUUUGGACAGUAUUCACAAAGGAAAAUGGAAAAUUGAUUGUAAAAUGGAAGCGCUAUGAUCAUUUGAGAUGCCGAAAAUAAGAGCUCGGAGUGAACACGUUCGACUAUGAUCUUCACGACACAUAAAUCAUAUAAUAUUAUAAAUUUUACGAUCUCGUAGCGUUAGAUUGCAUUUUGUAAAGUUUGUAUCUUAGAUAUCUGGUUAGAUCUUCAUUGUUAUAUACAAUACAAAAUAUAUUAAUUAUGUAUAGCAUAUAAAUCGUUUCUGUGAGUUUGUUGGUUUUCGUGUUUAAAUUGUAAAUUACAAUCGCAUGUGCACCUAAUAAAUACUGAAGGAAAUAAACAAAAUAUUUCAAU